GUUCAAGUAUAUCAGCGAGGGCUGCUGUGAUCCCAGAGCUCCCCUACCGUCGAUCAAUAUCAUUGGCUACUUUUGAACAAAUCACCUUCGUCCAUACGUUGAACAAGCGACUCGCCCAAGUAUCAUCAACGAUAUCUUAUUGGCUAUGCCCGAUCGGUUGACAAGGGACAGGCUUCGGCUGCACGUCGUGCACAUUAUUCUGCCCUUCUAACUGGACCGUUUGUCCCAAAAUGGCGCCCGUUUCUUUCGACCCUUGAUCUCUUGGGGCGGGGAGCCAUCGAUGGUAUUGGCUAGGCAAUGCAGGUGCUUCGAGCAGACACGGAUGGCGUCGUAAUUAUUGCGCCCACCCGUCAGUAAUAAUGAGCACCUUCUGCCCUACCAUCCUUCCCCGAUCCUUUUCCUCAUCGCUUCCAUCACCGACGCCGAUGUCCUAGCACUUUUAAACGGACACACGCAUACUGCAGAGUAAUAUCUGGGGUGUCCUUUCGGUCGCGUAUACUAGUAGACGGGGGCAACAUUCACAUUCGACCAUCUUCGCAAUCGGCUCCGCGGGAGAGUUUGGGAACCGCAUUCUAAAUUGCCGGCUGAUCGCUGUGCGACAGGAUUGAUCAUACACCGGUUCAUCAGACCGCUUCUGUUGACGGGUCCGAAAGACGGGGGAAAAACAACAACGGCACUCCCUAACGCACAAUGCUGUCCUCAAUACUACUAGCUGUGGUCGCCUCGACCAUAGCAACGGCUCAUACAGUCAUUACCUAUCCCGGAUGGCGGGGAGAUAAUCUCAUCGAGAACGCCACAUUUCCUUACGGCAUGCAAUGGACUUAUCCAUGCGGUGGUAUACCUUUAACGACGAAUAGGUCGUACUGGCCAACCACGGGUGGUGCCGUUGCGUUUCAACCGGGCUGGUUUCAAGGUCAUCAGACGGCAUUCCUCUACAUCAAUCUCGGAUUCGGCACGGACGGACCCGACCAUGGGCCACUAAAUAUGUCGUUCCCCAUGAUCGCUCCUUUCCAACUUCUCGGUCCCUCGAAAGGUCCGUAUCCUGGGACGGUUUGUCUGCCCCAGGUGCCCCUCCCCGCGAACAUGAGCUUCAACGCCGGGGACAACGCGACUAUACAAGUUGUCGAGAUAGCGCAGCAUGGGGCUGCUCUGUUUUCGUGUUCGGAUAUUACAUUUGCUGAACCCGGAGACGAGAGGAUCGCUAAAGUUAACGGGUCUAACUGUUUUAACAGUACAGACCUCGGAUUUGCUGAGAUAUACACCGUUACGACGCAGGAGAUGGGCUCGGCGGCGAACGUGAGUGCUAGCAGCGCCUCUGGUCUUUGGAACCACGGUCCUGCAACGUGGAGCUGGCUAGGCUACUUCCCGAUAUUCAUGUGUGCUCUGGGGUUUUUACUGUAGGUUCUAGGGAGCGCGGAGAUUUACGACAACGAAGGAAAAUGAAUAAGGCAGGUGAUCCACUUUUCUUUUUGGAUUGUAACACCUUGUAUCUGUAUAUACCAUGUGGCAUUGAGGACUGGCGUAUAAGGUGGGCGGUUGGGCAUUUUUGGGUACUGGUGAGCGAUUUUUCAUGCUGACCGGGCCUUAUAAUUUUCGGGAGACAGGAUUAAAACUUUUAUCCCACUAUACCAUUUAUCAUCUCAUGACGCAGAUUUUAUAGAUCUUUACAUCGUCUCAAUGAUCAAUAGAUACCCCUUUAAGUGAAUCGGAUUCUUACAAGGACCCCGCUCUUAUUCCUUAAGUGCAUCUGGUUGCGUAGAUGGAAUUGAGACAUGAAAAGGGGAAGGGUAUGGAUAAUUGAUACGUGCUACAUACCUUAACCGUCGCGACGCCGCAUAUCAUAGGUAUAAUUCAAACCUGGCGGUUAGGAACGUGUUUUAGCUUACACUGGGAACGAGACACGCCAGAGCAGCCGACUAGGCAGAAACCAGGAGAAAGUCCUGAAACUGCAAUUUAUCAACCCUGGGUGAGUCGUUUGAUACUGGUGUUUCUUCAAGGGCUGUACUAGAUUUAAAUGCAUCUAAAACAGUAAAAGGGGUUAGGUGUAAUCGGUAUAAGUACACCAAAGUUCGUAUUCUUCUGAAGGGUUAUCAAGAUGUAUUAAGGUAGUUCUUGAAGUUUUCUAGA